AUGUCGUACAUCAACAUUCCGAGGGAUCGUAACGAUCCUAAUUAUAGAUAUAAGAUGCCAAAACUAAUUUCCAAAAUUGAAGGUAGAGGAAAUGGAAUUAGGACAAAUAUAGCUAACAUGGGAGAAAUAGCAAGGUCAUUGAAACGCCCUCCAAUGUAUCCUACGAAGUUUUUUGGAUGUGAAUUAGGAACAAUGGUAAAGUUUGAAGAAAAUGAAGAAAAAGCAAUUGUAAAUGGUGCUCAUAAGGAAAAUGAUCUAGUAAAUAUUUUAGAUAAGUUUAUUGAAAUGUAUGUUCUUUGCCCACAUUGUUUAUUACCUGAAACAGAUAUAAUUGUUAAAAAGGGUUUUUUAAUAUGCAAAUGUAAUGCUUGUGGAAAUAUAGGAGAACUUAACAACUCACAUAAAAUUGCGACAUAUAUGAUAAAGAAUCCACCCAUGAUUAGUACUGUUGGAAGUAAGAAGAAAAAGUCUAAGGAAAAGAAAUUAGAAAAAAAUGGUAAAAGUAAAAGUGAAAAAGGGGAAAGAAACGAAAGGAGCGAAAAGAAUAAUGAAGAAAGUAAAAACGGAGUAGUACACUCAGGUGGGGAUAAUGACAGUUCUCAAUAUGAAGACUCGGAUAAAAGUCAUACAAUGAAUAAUGUUUGUAGCAAUAACAAAAAGGACAAAAAAAGUAAAAGAAAGGAGAAAAGAAAAAAAACAGAGGAUAAUUUUGUUUUGGAAAAAGAAUCCUUAUAUUUUGAUAGUAUAGAAAUUAAAGAAGUUAUUGAUAGAUUAAGAACUCUAUAUAUAACUUUUCCAAAUAUUAGUGAUAAUGAUUUUUGUGAAGAAUUACGAGUUUUGCAGGUUUCACAAAGCUUUGAUUCCAAGUGCAGAAUUUUUAUUUGUUUAUGUGCUUUAUUUGAUGAUAAAAUAACGAAAGAUUUAUUAGAACAAAACAUAAAGUAUAUAAAAAAAGUUAAUGAUACGUCAGUAACUGUAAUUGAUAUUUUUCAUGCUAUGGAAUAUUAUAUAAACAAAAUAGCGCAUAAUGCAGUUGUAAUUUAUCCCUAUAUAUUACAGGUGUUAUAUAAUAAUGAUAUUUUAGAAAGUAAAGAUAUAAUUAAACGAUAUGAUGAAGAUGACAGCGCUACAUUACAAGAGAGGAGUAAUAGUAAUGAUAUUUUAGAUGAAAGAAUUAAAUUUUAUAACGAUUGUUACAAUAAAUGCAAAAGUAUGGCAAAACAUUUCGUUAACUGGCUAAAAGAUAAUGAUUCAGAUGAAGACGAUGAAACGGAUGAAGAAGAAAAUAAAACAAGUAGUCUAGUUAAUAAUAAUUUGCCAAAUUACAAAGUAAAAUCACUACGAAAUAAUGAAGAAAAAGGAAAAGAAAUGAACAACUGUUUUAAUGAUAAUGAUAAAGCGUUUGAAGAUUCGAAGAGCGAAAAAUAUGAUGAUGAAAUAUUUUUAGACGCAAAAGACGGAAUUAACUACACUGGGGAUGAGGAGGAAAUCGACAUUGACGCGAUUUAA